UACAACAAGCAUACUAAUCCGAAGGGAAUCAUAAACCUUGGCACAUCUGAAAAUAAACUGAUGUCUGAUGUUCUUUUUAAGAAGUUUAGUGAGCCUGAAUUAAAUGUCUGGACAGAAGAAAUGUUAGUGUAUUGUGACUUUGCUUCCAUCUAUGAGCUGCGGGAAUCAGUUGCUGAAUUUCUGAAAGCUAAAAGCAAUGCAGCAACCCCUCUUGAUCCUAAUAAGAUGGUGGUUAUGAAUGGAGGUGGUUCGGUUAUAGAAACAAUUGCAUUUGCCAUAUGCAAUGCUGGAGAUGCAUUUUUGGUACCAAGUCCAUUCUAUGGGGGCUUAAUGCAUGACUUGGACCUCAGAGCUAAAGUCAACGUCCAUCCAGUCCAUCUCCACUCAAAGAUGAAAGAAAAUGAAACAAAACCAUUUCAACUAACAGUUGAAAAACUUGAGAAGAGUUUAGAAGAAGCAAAAGCAAAGGGGAUAAAUAUCCGUGGCCUCUUCCUCAUCAAUCCUCAUAACCCGCUCGGUGAAAUAUAUUCAACCGAGUUGAUCAAAGAUUGUCUCCAGUUUUGCCAUAAGCAUUCUCUUCAUAUAAUAUUUGAUGAAAUAUACCUGACGAGUGUGUUUAAAGAAGGUGUCCAGCCUACUAGCAUCCUUCAAUUCAAACCAGAAGAUAUUCCAGACCCUGAGAGAACCCAUCUGAUAUGGGGCUUUAGUAAGGACUUUGCAAUGUCUGGGAUGCGUGUCGGUAUCUAUUAUGGGUUUUCUGAUGUCGUUCGUCAGCAGAUCGUGAAUCAGUGUUGCUUCACAGGGAUUCCUGGAUUUAUUCAGGUGAUGUUGUCCAAAAUGCUGAAAGACAAGGAUUGGUUAGAUAAUGUCUACUAUGCCACUAACAGGAAGAGAUUACGAGAAAGUUACGAAUUGGUGACCAGAGAGCUUACGUCGAUAGGAGUGCCCUACCUAGAAGCAUCGUCCAGUCUUUAUCUCUAUGCUGAUUUCAGAAAAUUCCUAAAGGAGCCAACGUUUGCUGUUGAGAAGGAUUUGUGGCAUAAAUUCCUUGAUGCUGGAACCUACAUCUCUCCAAGUCAAGCAUUUUACAGUGAUGACCCUGGCUGGUUCCGAAUUGUAUUUGCAGAUAAAAUAGCCAAACUUGAGCUUGCCAUGGAGCGAAUCAAAAAAGUUUGCAAAGAAAUCAGCCUUCAAUAAAAUUUGAACAUUUGUAAAAAUUCAUACAAGUAUUUUAUAUAAUUGUUAGUUAACUUGUUAAAGCUAAUAGAUUAUUACAGUGUAUUUAUACAGCGAAAAUGUGGUCUGAUGCUUAACAUUUUAUUAAUACAGUACUUCAAAAAUUGUUAGAUACCUCUUGAGAGUUAAAAUUAAAGAUAAAUGGUUGGGCUAAUAAAUUUAAAGAUGUUUGAAGCACUCAAUCUAUAUAUUAAGGUAGUCUCAACAAGACAACAGUUCUUUCAAGAACUACUAAUAUCUAUGUAGUGUAUGGCAGGCAUUUGACAUAUUACAAUAUCAGAAUUGGUUAUAUUAUAUAUUGGGCUUGUCAUGCCAAAACCAGAAUCAGUGACAAAAACAAGAAAAUUGACUUUUUAAUAUUUUCAUAUUCUGCACAUUAUAAGCUUUAAAUGAUAAGUCAUUUACUGGUGUCGACUUACUAAAAUUUUAUGAGUAAAAGUAUUUCGGCUUUUUGCUGUAUUUAAGUAUAUACUGCCACAUUUUUGUGGUAGUGUCUUAGUUUAACAUUUAGUGACAGCGCACAGGUUUUUGGAUGCCAAGCCUCAUAUAAAGUAAGUUGCUGGCUUACAAAUGAAAAUCAGAAUGCAGAACACACACUUUUCAGGGGAGGAUUUAGGCCCUUUUGAGAGGUAAAAAAAGAAAGAAAAAAAAGAAAGAAAAAAAAAGAAAAAGAAAAAAAAUGAUAGCCCAGAACGCCUCUAAUGUUAUUUUUGGGCGUCUAGAACACAAACAUUUCGCGGGGGCGUGCCUCCGGACCCCCUAGGACAGUGUUAUCUUGAUUGGCCCAACUUUGGGUCCCCUUUCAGCCCUCCAUUUUGGACAUCUCUGCAUCCGCCCCUGCUUUUUUUAGGUUUAUUUUUCUAAUUGACAGUAUUUGUUGCAUUUUGGCUGAUGAUCAUUUAAAGAAAUUUUGUACUUAAAAGUCUGUAAAUCAACAAAUACUUAAUUGUUUUAAUGUAUUUUUCAUAGGAAGCCGAUAAAGCAAUACUUUUUUUUAUACCACUGCCAGCUGAAAAUGAAGAUUUGAAAUAAGAAUAAUUACAUCGUAGUAAUCGGAGUGUGUAGCCUACGAUUGAUCGCGACACACAUGAGGUGCUAGCGCAAUUUGAUCUCUCUUCAAUUCUAUUUGAUUUUACUCAGGUACUUUUAGCAGGGUAAUUUUGCUAAAUUAUAAAAUAAAAUUUUAUUUUAAUUGUUUUUCUGCCAGUUGCUAAACCCAUUCAGAGAUGAAACCUUUUCAAAAAUAAGGUGUGCUAAACAUGGUAUAAAAAGAGUAUCGCCUAACUUACAGGGUAUUAUAGUAUUUAAAUGAGCAAUUCAUCAUUUAAUGGAAUUUUAAUGCUUUAUAUUUUUUAUAUAUACAGUAUAUGUAUAUUUUACUGUAUAUUUUACUUGCUAUAGUGUUUAGGACUUUAUUUCUUUAAUUUCAUUCUUGCUUAGUGUUUAGGAUUUUAUUUCUUUAAUUUAGUUAGGCUUUCUUUUAAAUGUUUCACUAUGUUCUGGGUUUCUAGAAAACUCAGACAUCAAAUCUCUUAUCUGAGUUUUCUGGAACUAACAGACCAUACCAUUAUUUUUAGAGGGAAAUUCUGUUCUGUAUAUGUUUUGUAUAUGAUGCACCAUUAAAUUCAUGUGUGAUCUUAAAUUGAAAAUCAGUUUUUGAGGAUAAAAAAAAUCCUGAAUACAAUUUUAGAAUUUUUUACCAGAGAUUGAUAAUUGUGUUUCAACUUCAACUUCUUUAAUGACAAUAUUUAUAAUGGAUUGUAUCAGGGAGUUGUUAUAGUGACUUGUAAUAAUUCAAAAUGAAAAAAACAAACACAUUUGUAUGCAUAUUCUGUAUUAUAGUGCUUGCUCAUUUGAUGUAAUAAAUAUACCUGUCAACAUUAUUAA